AUGUCUUCGGUGGCUGUUGUUGUUGGAACCCAAUGGGGCGAUGAAGGCAAAGGAAAAUUAGUAGAUAUCCUCUCAAUGAGCUGCAAUGUAAUUUGUCGAUGUCAAGGUGGCAAUAAUGCAGGUCACACUGUCAUUGUCGAUGGGAUAAAUUAUUUCUUCCAUCUUGUUCCCAGUGGUAUUCUCAGAACCGACUCUGUGUGCAUCAUAGGGAAUGGAGUUGUUGAAAUCGAUACUCUCACUAAACAGGGUGUACCAGAUAUCGAAGGCCGGAUGCGGAUAUCUGAAAACGCUCAUAUCGUUUUUGACGUUCAUCGACGAGUCGACGAAUUAGAGGAAGAGGCUAGGGGACAACAUUUAAUUGGCACCACCAAGCGUGGUAUCGGUCCAACGUACGCUUCUAAAGCUUCGCGCAGAGGUUUGCGUGUUGGUGACCUUGUAGGCGAUUGGAAUACCUUUUGUGAGCACUAUGAAUUGCUUGUUAAUUACUAUCAAUCGUAUUUCCCAAACUUGGAUAUUGAUAUCAAAAGAUCGCUGGAGGAACUCGCUGAGAUUCGUGUACGUUUAAAGCCCAUGGUUCAAAAUACUACCUUUUUGGUAAAUAAACUCGUAAAGGACAAAUCAAAUCGCCUUCUCGUUGAGUGCGCUCAGUCAACAAUGCUCGACAUCGACUUCGGCACCUAUCCCUACGUCACUGCGUCAAAUUGCUCUGUCGGUGGUGCGUGCACUGGACUUGGACUGCCGCCGUCUUCUAUUGGCGAUGUUUAUGGAGUCGCCAAAGUUUACACAACACGAGUCGGAUCCGGACUUUUCCCCACAGAAAUAACUGGGGAAUUGGCCGCGAAACUCCAGUCGAUUGGUCGGGAAUUUGGCGUUACUACAGGCAGGAAGCGACGUGUUGGGUGGUUUGAUGCGGUUGUUUUGCGCUACUCUCACAUGAUCAACAACUUCACAGCAAUUGCGCUCACAAAAUUAGAUGUCCUGGACGAUUUUGACGAGAUCAAAAUUGGCAAGGACUAUGUGGAUCCGGAAACGGGUGAAAUUCUG